CGCAGGGCGACGGCGUGUCGGGUUUCGCCCGCUGGGCGGCAUUGUGACGUGGCAGAAGGCGGAAGCGAUGUUGCGGCAGGUGGGGAUGUGGGGGACAGCGGGUGGGUGACUCGGUUUCCUUGCGAGCGGGGCGGGUCAGAGGGAGCCCUUGAGGGGGCGCGAGUUGGGGGAGGGCCCGGGGGAGGGGCUAGAUGGCUGGAGGCCCGCGGGGGAAAGUGGGUCGCAGGUGGGGUCGCUGUCUGGGGCUGCAUGACUUGGGGGGCUGCGUUGCUUACAGAGGAAGAAGGGGCGGGCAGCGGGAUGAGCCUCCCCACCGACCUCCUUUCCUCUAUGCACAAAGCUAAGGGCUUGUUUGUUUGGAAAAAAAUGUUGCUUUCUUCGCACCUGGUAUUCUUUUAUCCCUCUUCGUUUCUUUUGCAUUUGCUUUAUAUGCAUCACAUUUCUUUAGGGUUUCCCAAACCUUAGAAGUUAGGCAUCAUUAGAAGAAAACACUCUGUGUCAAAAUGAAGAGUAGCGAUGGCUGUGAACUUUUUUCGGCCGUAGUAAACUAACAUGAUUCCAAGUUAUGGGGGGUUGGGGGUUGGGUGGUUGUUUUUAUUUUGGUUAUAUAUUUUGUGUUUGUAUAUUCUGAUUUUGUUCUGUGAACCGCCCUGAGACCUUCGAGUUUAGGGCAGUAUAUCAAUUCAAUCAACAAACAAACAAACAAAGAAAUAAGUUGCCACCACAACACACUUUGACUGCUGUAUUCCUUGUGCACACAUAGGAGUCAGUUUCAUUUACCUUUGUGCUACUUAUUUCUGAGUAAGCAUAUUUUUAUUUGUAUAUUUUUAUUAUUUAUUUAUUCAUAGCCCACCUUUUUCCCUGACAGGGACCCGAAGGCAGCAAACAUAUUAAGUGGCAAAUUUUCUUUCCAAUUAAUUGUCUUGGCAUUCUCCCAAAUGAUUGGGUUCUUUCUGUGCAAAGUGCCUGUUUAUAAUAAUUAAUGCCCCUGAAAAUGAAACUGUAUGAAAGACCACUUUGAAUGGCUCUUUAAGAUGAGAAAAUAUUAAAAUAUCAUUUGACUUUUUCAGGCAUUUGCAGAAAUUUACAAAAUGCUGAGGGUUUUAAAAAUGCCUUAAAAACCCCCACAUAUUUUGGAUCUGAAACAAGUGGCCAGAAAAAAAUAGAUAACUGACAACUACAUUAUCUAAGGAAAAGGAUGUUUAUGCAAUUGAAGUCAUUACUGUUCUCUGAAAUAAUUUGUUAUGUUCUAUAAUGUCUCAAGAAAACAGAGAUCAGAUAAAGUGUUCAGAAUGUAUUGUCUGACUGCAUAAGCUGCCCUCCUGUGGUCAGUGCGUCUGACUGUUAGCCAGAAGGUUGGGGGUUCAAGCCUACCAAGGGAUGGCUGUGGCAGGAUUCCUGCAUUGCAGGGGGUUAGACUAGAUGACCCUUCCAACUCUACAACUCAAUGAUUUUAUGUAAUCUCACCACUGAUGCUGUCUUUUCUAACCCUUGCCCAUGUGCUUGUCCAGGACAGUAGUGAUGACACAGAAGAUGUGUCACUCUUUGAUGCUGAUGAUGAAACCUCCAGGAGGCCGAAGAAAUCAAAGAUCAAGUAAGUAAUUGCUAGAAUUGUCUUGGGCUGCCGUCUCUUUGGUACAAUACCUGCCAUUUCUUGUGUCUGUCUGUUGGGGAAAAGAAAAGCUCUGGCACUGGCUUUCUUGUAUGCUUUACUGAAUAACUUUCUUGUAGGAUUUCUGUCUUGAAUAUCAUAUGAUAUAUAUAUUUAAGUUUUACAUGCUUUAUAUUCUAGUUCUGUAUGGGUCAAAAUAAGUCACAUCAUAUAUAUAUAUAGAGUCUGUAUCUAGUAAGUAUUUUUGAUAUAUUUUGGUAAGGAAUCAACCAUACUGUCUGUAUCUAGUAAGAAGUAUUUUUGAUAUAUUUUGGUAAGGAAUCAACCAUAGAGAAAUCCAGUCAAGCUGGGCAAGGGCUUCCAUUCUAAUGGCUCUCGAAAACCUUCCCAUAUACUUUUAGGAAAUGGCACUGUGGUGCUAUUCUGGAAAUAGACCAGGAUUAUAUGAAAUGGAGGAGAUCUUGUGACCCAACCCCAUGCCCUAUGUUUGUGCUGGGGACCAUGUAAAUUGGAUCACAGCAGGAGUUUGAUUGCCUUAACUGCCAUGUAGGUACUAAGACCUGUGGAUGCAUAUGGAAUCACAGUUGGGGGUCUCUUGCACGGUAGGGACACGGUAGGGAAUUGUGGCUGCAGCACUGGAUAGGAAGCUCUCUUGUAGUAAGUCAGACAAGUGGUCCAUUCAGCUCACUAUUGUCAACACUGGCUCUGUGGGAUUUCAGACAGUGGUCUCUUUCAGCUCUACCUGGAGAUGCUGAUGAUGAAACCUUGGACCUUCUGCUCUGCUACUGAGAUAUGGCCCUUCCCUUCAUGGAACAGCCCCCCAAUGUUACAUGCCAUCCACUUUGUUUUAAGUUUUAUCGCAGAUAUUGUUCUGCAUUACCUCUAUAUCCAUUGGUGGUAUAUCAGAUUAUUUGCAAAUAAAUAAAACCUUAUCGACCAAAGACUUUUGGAGGCUAAAAAUAAAAUGCAAAAUGCUACGGUGGAUAGCUUUCCAGACAACUCAGCAUUUGCUUGCCAAUUCAUUGUUGCCACUAUGGUUUAUUUAUACUGUCUGUCACAAAGGGUGUGUUUAUGUUCUUAUCCAGGUGCAAGAAACCUGGUUUGGAGCAUUUACAGAUGCUGGCAUGCUAAGGUGGCUUUGAAAUUCCCUGGUUCAGAGCGAGCAAAGAAAAAUUGAUCCAGAGUUAAUGGAUUUGACAUAUGCAUAGCAUUGAAUGCACAAUAUAUCAUUAAGCACAGAACUGCUCCAGGCCAGUCUUCUGGUGUCUGAAAGUGUUUGACAAAGCUCUGGAUAGGUUCCAUCCGAAUGAUUCACCUGUGCAUGCAAAUUAUUAUUUUAGAAGGAAAUAGAUGUAUGCUUCUGAACUGCAAUGUUUACCUGACCCUGUAUUCUUAGCAAACUUUGCAAGGAAGUGCUGUUAGAGAGGUCUAUCUCACAAGCUAAAGAUUGACGCUUUCUGUCUGCCCACACUGAUUAUGCUAUGGUAAUUAAUUAGUUGGUUUUUAUAAUUACUUCUGUCUUUAUGAAGUGCCAUAACAUGGAAUUAUGAUUGAAACUGUAACCCUUGCUAGGCCUUUUGAUUUGGAUAGAGUGAACAGAUAAAUGAAUUACUAAAUUAUUGUCUACAUGUGCCUUUUACAGACAUCCGAUAGCCUCCUUCUUUCACUUGUUUUUCCGGGUCAGUGCAAUAAUCGUCUACUUACUCUGUGAAUUGUUAAGCAGCAGCUAUAUUGCCUGCAUGGUGACGAUCAUCCUACUUCUGUCAUGUGACUUUUGGGCAGUGAAGGUAAAUACUGUUGAGAGUUUGUUGGUGCUAUAAAAUGGCUGUUCUCAAAGGAGAGUGGGCAGAUUGGCCAAGUUUUUAGAUUUUGAGUUAGAAUUCUCUCUUCUAAAUUCCUUAACUUCAGUAGUAAAAGUAAGCAAGUGUUUUUGCAUGUACAGUGGUACCUCGCAAGACGAAUGCCUCGCAAGACGGAAAACUCUCAAAACGAAAGGGUUUUUGGUUUUUUGAGUUGCUUCGCAAGACGAUUUCCCCUAUGGGCUUGCUUCGCACGACGGAAACGUCUUGCAAGUUUGUUUCCUUUUUCUUAAAACCGUUAAUACAGUUGCAACUUGACUUCGAGGAGCAACUCGUAGCACGCGGUGUGGUAGCCUUUUUUGAGGUUUUUGAAGACUUUGGUGAUUUUUGAAGCUUUUCCAAAGCUUUUCCGACACCGUGCUUCGCAAGACGAAAGAAACCGCAAGACGAAAAAACUCGCGGAACGAAUUAAUUUCGUCUUGCGAGGCACCACUGUACUCUCAUACCUCUAGGUAUGUGCAGAGUACAUUUAACCUCUGAACAAGCUUCCUUUUGAAAGCGUGGGGGGGUAGGGUAUUGAUUAAACCCAGGGUAUCCCUAGUCCUAGUGUGACACACUCACGACUACACCACACUGGCUGCCAACAUGAAUUGAGAUCCAGCCAUUUCUAGGGAUGAUUGUAACUAGCUGGUCUCAUGCAGAGAGGCAUCUAGACCCCUCUUGAGUAGAACUCAGCAUCUGUGAUGGAGUUGCACCCUACAUACCACCCAUGUAAAGCCAUUUGGUGGGAAGGAAUACAAAAAGAUAAAUAGACCCCCUUUUUCAGACUGCAGUCCCCUCUAGGGCAUGAGAUGUCUCUGGUUUACCACGGUUCUGCAAAUCCCAGGCACAUUCAGAAGCAUCCAAGGCCACCAGGCAGGCUGCUAUGUAAUGGGAGGAAUCAAUUCAUUCCUGCCUUCACUUAUCCCAUGGAGUAAUCUCGUAUUUCUCUCUCUAGAAUGUCACAGGGAGGUUGAUGGUCGGCCUCCGCUGGUGGAACCAAGUUGAUGAUGACGGCAAAAGCCACUGGGUGUUUGAAGCCAGGAAGGUAAAGUUCUCCCAGUCCUUGAGGGAAGUCUGCAGUUGGUGGUAUAUGGUGUUGUUUUCCAGGGCUGUAGACAUCUUUCAUUCAAUAUGCCAUUUGGGGGACAUAAGACAGAUUGAACUGGAGCAACAGUUAGUGGGUUUGAAAUCUGGCUUUCCCUAUCCUCUGCUUUAGAGACAACGCUGCAAAGACAUGUCAUUAAUUUCACAGCGAAAGAACACAGAUUAUAUUACUGAACUUGGAAUAGAGUAUUUACAGUUAGGCACAUAAAUACCAAACUAUAUUUAUACAAGCUAUAUGAACAGUGAUGUUAACUGUUUUGUACUAACCAGAUUUCAUUAAGUGGUUUCAGAGCCUGGAUAGCAGAAUACCCUGGUUACUAUUAAAAAGUUGACAUGUAACUUUUAAUUAUUGAAAUGUAACUUUUAAUUAUUGUGAAGUCUUACAAUGGAAAUCCAUAUGGAAAAGGAGAAGCCUUGUGGCAGGAAGCAAACAUCCUAGAGCUUGGUCUUGAUCCAGUAAUCAUAUGUGGGAUUCAAGCCCUGUUACAUCUGUACAGGCCUUUAAAAUGAUAGGAAUAAUGAGCAUUCCAAAGAUAAAAUAACCUUCACCUCCACUAUGGCUACUCUGAGAUACUAUUUCCAGUUGUGGCAUGCUUUCCUUCCCCAUUAUUUAUAGAAGAAUUCAUUGAUUUUAGUUGGCUAGUAGUGGAACACCUCUCAUCAUUAUUCGACUAACACUCAUUUUCAGUAUAUGCAGCACUGCUCAAAAACUACUUUGGUUUGAUCCUUUAUUUUGCUGUAUGCAAUUAAAAUAUCACAUUCUGUUACUUAAAAAAUACCUCAGCUGCUUUUCAUUGGGAUGGUUUAGUUCAGUUUGCUGAAUGAUCUUUUUUUCAGGCUAUUGUAUGUCCAAGGUCAGUGCUCCCAAUUUUUAGAAGCUUUAUAAAGAGGCUAUUGUGUCAUGGCAUUGUGCCAUGCCUGGAAAUGUUGGGGUGAUGGUUUGUGGCUUAAGGUGGUGGAAAUUCUUGGUAUUCCGAUUAGGUGGCUCUUUUUUCCCCCCUUCUAAAAUAACAGGCUGAAAUAUAUUUUUCUCAGUAGGAAACAUGGUUGUAAAAAUGCAGUUAAGUGUUCUUCCUGUAUGACUUGCCAGUGCAAUUUUUAGGUCCUGCUGGUUCAGAGCAUUACAUUUGGUAAGCCACGUUAAAAAAGAAAACUUCUGUAUUUCUCUCCAAAUUAUUAGGCAUCUGCUCAGACGAAGAAAACAACAUCAGAAGCAGAGUCCAGAAUCUUCUGGCUAGGGCUUAUCAGCUGCCCUUUGCUCUGGGUGAUUUUUGCCUUCAGCGCCCUGUUUUCUUUCAAAGUUAAGUGGCUGGUGAGUGGCCUGCUUGGCAAAUAUCUGACUGAACUUGUUCCUCUGAGUGUAAUGAGACCUAAAUUCCGUUACAAGUCUUUGUCAUCUCUCUCCACAGGCGAUAGUGAUAAUGGGUGUGACAUUGCAAGGGGCCAAUCUGUAUGGCUAUAUCCGGUGCAAAGUAGGCAGCAGGAAGAACCUGACCAGUGUGGCGACCUCUUACCUAGGCAGGCAGCUGCUGCGUCAGGUACUUGAGAUUUUGUUUGCAUGGCCAUUUCUCCUGCUUCCCAGAGUGUAUUUUGGUGCUUAUCAAUUGAUUUUGCAUUCCUUGAAUUCAUUGUGGCCCAGAUAUUGGCAGGCUUUUUGAAUUCAGUCUAAAUCACAGUAUGAUCUGGCUCUUCCAUUACUGGAAAGAGAGUUUGUUCUGAGCUUCAAAGGUACAUUACUUCACAAUUUUUCCUCUGCCUUAUCCUUCUGAGAAAGUUAAGUACAGGAUCUUUAAUGUGCCCUGUUCUGUAGUUUGCCGGGCACCUGGAACCAUGUGGAGAAAGGAGAAUUGUUUCCUCAAGGCCUGUGGCUUAAUGACCACCUUGAGAAAGACAACAAGUCUUUCUGUACAUCUCCCAGUGCUCGUCCUUGACUUUUCCCACACCUCCUUUCCUAUUCGGUGAGGCAGGAGGGCACACCCUUUUGGGGUCAUAGGACCUUGUGAGUUUGUGGCCACACUGCCUUCUCCACACUCAUUCACCCUCUCUUCUCUUAGCAUGUAGAGAUGAGUAGUUUUAAACCCCUCCUGCCAGCAUGUCAACAUCCCAUUGAGCCACGCAACUGAUUGGCUCUGGGAGGAGUAUGCUCAUCAGAUCGAUGCAAGGUGCAGAGCACAGUAACAGUAAGUCCCAUGUAGUUCCUUGGAGCCCCUGAAUUCCUUAGAGGAAAAGUCCAAAUAUUGACAAAAGCAAUCCAGCCAUCUGUAAUUUGGGUCAUUCCCUUCUGUUUCUUCCUUCUCAUUCCUGAUGUUGCCUUGCCUGUUGAUAAAUGCUAAUACAGCAUUGUUUUCUCUGAAAAGAUGUGUGGCUUCCGUCUUCUGGGAUCUUUCUAUAGGGCAUUAUUUCUCAAAGCCUUGGCCAUGCAAAGUUUGUAACAGCUUUUAAUUGGUCCAGAAAAUAAUAGGAGGCUGCUUCAGGGUUUUCAACAUAAGACCUGUACAUUACUGUCCACACUUAUAUCAUUUUAAAAAUAGGUUUCCAGGUCUUGGGGAGUGAAAAUGAUGCACAGCUAAUUAUCCAUAAGUGAGGUUCAGAAUCCUGGGAUCCAGGGUUUCUCAAUGAGAAGUUACAGAUUAAGCAAUACUAGAUGAUUAACAAUUAGUUCAGCAUGUCUGCUAACAGGGUCUGAGCAGGAUACCUUCCUCCCGUAUUCGCACUUAAUCAUUUAAUUCUUGUUUUGGAAAUCUAUCCUGGCCAGUGGCCCUCUGCUGCUCUUUAGCCUUCUCCCCCACUGCUAUUUAAAAAGAUAUUAAAGGGAAUACUUUUUCAAAGUUGGGAACAGUUCAGCUUCUUGGUGAUCUUUCUCCCCCAGGCAAUUCCCUGUCUUUUAAAGUCCUGAUCUAAUGCUGCUUUCUUUCCUUUUAUAGACUGUGCCCAAAGAGGAGCAAGCAGUAUCUUGAAGGUCAGGAAGAGUCCCGUUUUGUUUUCAAUUCCUUCUGGAGAAUGAGAAAUAUUUCCUUGACCCCCUGUACAGAAGAUUUAUAAUCUGUGUGUGGAUUUUUCGUAAUUAAAUGCAUCUUCUAGAAAUGCAGGUUACCUCUCAUAUUCCUUACAGCUUAUAUUUUGCAGAGUCCUUCUUGACACUUGAUUCUGGGCUCUCUAGGUGCAAUAGCUCCACUUAUACAUAAGUAAAAUAUAUUGAUGGCAGAGAGUUCAAGAUAAGUACCACAGUUUAUUGCCAUCAGCAUUUUUGUGAAAUUUAGGGCAGUCCCAAAAGCUGAGAAGCCCUUUGAGCAGGGACUUGAGUAAUCACUCAUCCCCCGGAAACUACAAAAUCUGACCUCUAAUAUGAAAUCUGAGAUAUUAUCUACAUAAUUACAAUAUUAUAGGUUUCUUGUUUUCUUUUAAAAUGAGGAAGUAUUUUAGCCCAUAAAUGUGGAGGGGGCAACUUGAAAAACAGGUUGAUAAGUUCUGCUACCAGGAAUUGGGAGAAUUGCAGUAGAGUACCAAUUUUGAAAGUUGAACAAAAGCACUUUGAUGUCUCAACUUUCAAAACUGAUUUCAGCUCAAAAGUUUCCCUUUGUGUAGGACCUGAGACUUUUUAGUGUGGAUUUCAGAGCACCUGGCUAGUACGGAUUGGUCUGUUUCCCCUCCCUCUUCUUUCUAAAACGUUUUAUUUACUUUCUUGGGAGGACCAAAUUCUCAUGGUGGAACUAUAAAGUAGGCUGCUAGGAUUGCAUCGGAGCAACCCUUUUUGGUUUUCGGCUUUUUUCCUAAAUAGUUAGCAGAGGUAAAAAGAAAGAGGAAUGUAUUUGCAUCCUAAUAAAGUUAUGUAGAGUUUUUAAUGCAUCUGGCCAUCCUUUCCUUGAUAAUAAGUUAAUAUAGGUAAAACAUGCUGUAGGUAAUCAGUAGAAAAUAGAGAAGAUUCAUGCUGAUGUGAUUAUGACAGACCUUUGCUAUAGAGUUUUAUCUCUGUUCUUGUCACAGGAGAUAAAUAACUAAUGUGAUAGUCCAUAUUUUCAUAUAGUAUACCUGCAAACCUGACUUCAAGAACCCUUCGUCCUUUUACAGAUACGUAAUAGCUGUGUUCCAGUGUGGUGUCUCAAGCUUGCAUGCUUCUCUCCCAUCUGUUCCUCUAGCGCACCCAUAGGGCGAUCAGAAGCUUUUGCUUCUGUUUUCACCAACCCCAGUUCAGUGUUAGGUCUGAACCUUGACAAGAGUGUGGUUUGUAUUAACUAUGGUUUACAGAAACAUGUCAAUUUCAAACUGUGUGUUAAGAAAUUGGCUUGUUUCAAUAAACAAACCAUGGUAUGAGCAACCACAGUUUGGAUGUGUAUACUCUGAUUAAUUGGAAAGAGAAGCCAAGGCUUCCCAUCUCUUCUUCAUGGCUGAAGGAUGGGUGAGGGCAUGAGUCUGAGGCUCAUUCACCUAAUGCUUAUACCAUAGUUUAGCGCUCUGUUCAAACACAGCCAAUGCCAGUUAAAGGUCCAGUGCAGAUAUUGCCCCAAUGUGUCCAUGCUACAUACAUUGUGGGUCAGGAAAGAAUCUGCGGCUUGCACGCAUGUGUUCACAUACACGAACAUGUGUUCACAUACAUGCACACUCCCGUGCACAUAAAAUGUAUUAUAUGAACUGGAGCUUGUUUUCAUGCAGUCAUAUGUAUUCUGCUUCCAUGUAAUCUUCCCAUCUACAUAUGGGGUGUUAUUGUGUGCAUGCACAACAUUCUACAGGUAUAGAAUGCAAGCCUGACACGACUUCUCCUGCAUCACUUGUAGAGCAUCUCAAUGCAGUAUGAGAAUGAACCCUAAGAUACUGGAACACUAAACCAUUACAUUUUAAAAAGGGUAAUUUAACUGGUGCAAUUUGAGAAGGGUGUGUGUGUUAAACUUGGGAGCUUGUUCAUACACACAACCUGUGAUGGCCAGAGGAAUUAGAAAAACUACCUUGAGCCAGUCAUCUGCUUGUUAAAGUCACAGCCUCAUUCCAUCCAGGAUUAGGAUUGUGGUCCUUUAUAUCAAACGACCCUCUUUAAAAACUGCAUUUCCUCACACUCCCUUUGGAGUCAUGUGAACAGGCUCCUGGAUUGACCAUAUUAUGUAGCUGGCUGGCUGGGCAACUUUCAGACUCAGUUCUAAAUCAUACGAGCAUUACUAACGCUGGCUGGAUGCAGUUUUCUAAUCAAAAUGCAACACUUUUAAUAUGACGGAUUUGCAUAAAUCUCAAGGUGUUUAAAUGGAAGUUGCAGCUGUAUUAUUCAAUUACUGUUAAGAAAAUGUAGUGAGAUGACUGGCAAAGAAGCUCUGUUACAAAGAGGAGAAUACAAUGUUGUCUGAUAUUGGUUAAAAAGAAGAAUCCAUUUAUCGGGCAACAUUAUAUUCAACGGAGUGCUGAAUACUGAUAGUUAAAUGUUUGUGUUUGGAUAUCUGGGUAAUGUAAAGCUGUGGGUUAUUGUUUCUUUGAGGGAUACUAAAGCAAUGUAUUUAAAAAUUCUUGUGCACGCUUGUGAAGCCUUUUGAAUUAACAUGUUUUUCAAAAGAAAUAUAUUUUUUUAAAAGUUCUGUACCUUUCAACUGGCUUGAUUAGUGUCCUGGAUUUCUUUGCCUGCAGUGAUGUGUUAGUCUGUCUGGCUGAUUAACAAGUUUACAUUUUUAACUUGGUCUCCUAAAGCCCUCUUUUCUUUGUAUGUUGUGCUUGCCAUUUUCCCCAGACCUGCAUUUGAUGUCUUAUGCAGAGAACGAUCACCUUGCUCUGUGGGCCAGUGAUGGACAUGGCCCUGAGGCAAAAGUGGCCAGAGUAACCAAUGAGACUCUUACCUUUGUACGUGCAAAGUGUGAGUGUGCACAUACACAUAUACACAUGUAUAUAUAUAUAUAUAUAUACACACAUAUAUACAUACACAUAUACAUGUGCAUGCAAGAGAUAUUGGCACAGUUAUUGACAAUCUCCUUGUUCCAAAGGAUCACGUAGUCCUUUUUGUUCAUAUGAAUGCCAUUGCUAAUUGUUAAUCUUGAUGACCAAUCAGAAAGGGUGCUGUCCUCAUUGGCUGGCCAGUGGAACUCUAGGAGGAGGAACCUGCUAAUUGGUUGCUGGAAUCCCUAAAGGAAGGUAUAAAUGGCCCUAGAGGAGUUAAGCUUGGGACGCUACAGCACUGGUGUGAUUUAGUGCUCUGAGCUUGCUAUUAAUGAGGCCAUGGCUGGCUAUGGCUAGGUCUGGCUCAUUUUAUUUAUUUGUCAAGCUUCUAGACCACUCUUCAUACCACAGAGGUGUUUCCAACACCAUUUGAAACAAAGCAUUGUGCCAUUUAAAACAAAUAAAAUACUGUUUAAAAUUCCAGCAGAAUAAAAUGAUGAAACAGCAGGACAACGCAAAACAAUCCUAAGACCCAGAGUUGCUGGCAAAAUGGUUGCCACAUCAGGUAGUGACUGACAGAUAUAGGAAUAGCCAUUGCAGAGUGCAUGCAGCCAAUAGAUCUUUUAUAUGAUUUCAAAUGCAAUUCAUAUGAUCACAUACCCGCUAACAUUCAGGGGCAAAACUAGGCUUUAUUUCAUCCGGGUCAAAGACCCAGUUUGGCACACGUACACACAUGCAUUUGCAGGCACACACAGGCUGGGAGCCUCAAUGGCACCCCUCUGGAGGCUUCACCCAGGACAAAAAAAACCUGGCUAGCACCCCCAUAGCUAUAGCUCUGCAACCUUCCACAUGAAAAUAGGGACAUUCUAUUCACUACAUAAUGGAGCGAGGGAAUUCAACUAAGACUCCUUUGCUGAUCUUAACACCUUAGAGGGUCAAUAGGAAAGGAGAUGGUCUUUCAGUUGUUUGGGGCCCCCAGUUAUUUAGGGCUUUGAACAGCAAUGUGAGCACCUUGAAUUAGACCUGGAAACAAAUUGGCAAGCAGUGAAGCUAUUUUAAAGGGGGCCAUUUUAUAGAGUUCCACAAGCUGUGGAAGAGCAACAAAUAGCCAUGACGGGUGAGGUGGGUUGGGGCCAGAAUGUGUGGUAGUGACCGUGUCAGUUGCACACAUAGGAAAGUCAGACUGGAGCAACCCAAUUGUGAUAUGAAGCCCUAAUCUUGAAGCACACUUCGUAAUAUCUUCAUGUUGUUGUGGAACCUAAAAUACUGUACUAGGUAGUCAUAAGCAAAUACUCUGUGGAAGAGCAGAUUAAUAUAUUCAUUAGAAACUAUUGGUUUGACUUAUUUCUGAGCAGACUGUAAGCAAAUAUACUCAAUGUAUGCACGCACACCUCUUCCCCAAGUACAGUGGUACCUCGGGUUACAUACGCUUCAGGUUACAUACGCUUCAGGUUACAGACUCCGCUAACCCAGAAAUAUUACCUCGGGUUAAGAACUUUGCUUCAGGAUGAGAACAGAAAUCGUGCAGCGGCGGAGCAGCAGCAGCAGGAGGCCCCAUUAGCUAAAGUGGUGCUUCAGGUUAAGAACAGUUUCUUAACCCGAGGUACCACUGUAUUGGAUUCUUUGGCAAGCAGGAGUGAAUUCUAAACAAAUGUGUUAUGAAUACAGUAGAGUUAUCAGAAAACCCACUAGGUGGCAGUGUGUUGUUACAAGUGCACCACACUGAAACGCAUUUGACUUUCUAAACACUUUGAAAUUUGGUUUUGCUCAUCCUCUUCUGAGCUAGGCAUCUUUUAUUCAUUUAUUCAUAUAGAGUUCUGGGGCCCUUUUAGUCAGUGAACGAAAUACCAAAAUACAAUUUAAAAAUAUAUUGGAUCACUUAGAAAGUGUCUUAAGAGAAAGGAGAUAGCGCUUCAAAGGAUAUUUGGUAAUCUCAGUGAAAAAUGGGGUAGAUUAGAAGCCUAGCUCCGGGUGGGGGUACUCUGAGCAAAUUGCUCACAGGGUGGGGUCCAAUGCCAAGUGGGUCCCAAGGUUUUGUGGGAGAUUUAAUCUUGUUAGGCUUGGGGAGAGGGGUUGUGAAGUAUUGUUGAUGCUUUAUAGUGUAUGUUGUGAUGCUUUUAAUUUUUAAACUGUAACUGUAACAAAAUCUGAAAUCUCAGCUUAGGGUAAACUUAAAAAAAAUAAAAUUCUUACAAAGCAAUAGUACCGUAAUUUUGAAGGCAAGGAAGCAGCGAUUAGGUCUGAUUUGAGAUCAGCCUGGGAUUCAGCUCUCCCCACGUCUGUACAGUUGUGUUGCAAACAACAACAACAGCAAACAGCUUUGCUGUUGUGAAGCCUUGUCCUAUUGCAGAACAGUCUCUUCUGAUGUACAUUUCCACGUAAGUAUAGGUGCUUGUGGAUAGGAUCAAUGAGAGGCCUGAUAAAAACUCCCUCAAAUUUUAAAAGCCUUUGUUGCUUAGUGGAUUUCUUCAAUAAACAUCCCGCUGUGGUGUUUAAGGAAACUUGGUCAUAGCAGCAGCCACUGUGGAACUCACAAAAGUGGAAUCCCCAGGCCUAUAAGUUACACAGGUUUAUAUAGAGGCAUUCCCUUGCCUUAGCUUGACACAUGCGUAGAAAUUCAGUCACGUUCUUGGAGGAAAAGCAUGUCUGCGCUAACAGAGCUGGAUGUCUCAUUCAGAGAGAAGGACAGGGCGCCUACUUUCUAUCAGGCUAGCUCAAGGCUGAGUUCUUCCUGCACAAACAUUAUUGACCCAAUCUUAAUACAGCCUGAGUAAGCAAAUUUCCCUAACAUCCUUCCACACUCUCUUUUACAGUCUCUACAUCUCUUCACAUGCAGGCUACCUAGCAGAAUAUAUCCUAUAAAUUUCCACUGCAGUUGCCUUGGUGUGGUUAUAAGCACCUUCCAUUUGGUGUUGUGAUGCGAGUACAUGUUGUAACAGAGCACUCCUUGCGUACUGUGGGCUUCCUCGUUUCCUGUCAGGAAGCAGAGGUUGCGUUCCAAGGUUCCUUUCCUUUCGGUUGCAGUUGUUGCCUCACUGCACAGCUUGUUCUUUGCAGGAUGAGCAAUUUAUUCGCACUCGCUUCCCACCCACCGCCUUGUUUCCUUCCUCCCUGCGGUUUCUCACACCUUUCACUAAUUGUGGAUAGCUUUCUCUGCUUCAUGGGCUCAUGCUGCUUCCCAACUUGCUUCAAAAAUGAUGGAAGCUUCCCCCUUUUAUUGUCUUUCCCUUUUACCUAUCUAUAUACAGUGGCACCUCAGUUUUCGAAUGUAAUCCAUUCCAGAAGACUGUUCAAGUUCCUAAAUGUUCAAAAACCCAAUACGGAAGCUUCAAUACGGAAAACUCAGUGCAGAAGUCUCGUUGCAUGUUCAGUUUCCGAGGUGUGCUCAAAAACCAAAGCAUUUACUUCUGGGUUUACAGCGUUCUGAAACCGAAAUGUUCGGCAACGGAGACAUUCGAAAACCAAGGUACCACUGUACCAAUGCAAACACUGCAAACCCGGAAGUAAGUGUCCCGGCUUGCGAACUUUCUUCAGAAGCCAAACGUGCUCCGAUUUCAGUGUUAUGCUUCCAAUUUGAAUGCCACACUUCCAUUUUGAAUGCCGCACUUCCUUUUUGAGUGUUACGCUGAGGUCUGUCUGUUUUUGCUAUUUAUUUUGUGUUUUUGCUGCUCUUUUUGUUUUGUUUCUGUUCAGCCACUGAUUGAUUGAUUGAUUGUGUGACUGCAGUACAUUGUUUAUUGCUUUCAUUUUAUGGAUCAAUAUUAGAUAGUAAAAUCCAUGUUAAAUUUCCCUUUUAGGGGUUGUUUU